AUGGCAGGGGGCAACUCGAUCAACAGAACCAAGUACAAAAACAAGGCGGCUCACCACGCCCAGGCGUUGGCGAAGAAGCGGGCAUCGAAAGUGCGCAACACCAAGCUGGCCCUCGGCCGCUACCACGAAAAGGCGGUGGCCGCCCCUGGCGAACUGACGGAAGUCGCCCUCUACAAGGGUGCCCCCGUCGCCGGCGACGCCAUCACCACUCAGUCGCUCUCGAAGAAGAGAGCCAAGAAGCUUGCCCGUAACAUGAAGUACAUCCGCCAGAGACUGGGCACUCCCGGUGACGAAAUGCUGGUCGACGAAGAAGCGGAGCCGCCUAAGGAAGGUGACGUCGAACGGGUGAAGAAGGCGUUGUGGAACUUGGUGGAAAACUGGCAACCAGUGCUUCCCUCGGGCGCCGGCACCACGUUGGGGGCGUAA